AUGGCCAAGCCCAGCACUCACAAGUCUGCCACCAAGCCAGUGCCACCAAAAGAUGAGCACACCAUGCUCAAGACAGCCACUGCUAUCAUUGCCUGCAUGUGUGAAGAUGCGGAGGAUCCCAGAUUCUUGCCAUUGGUGAAGUAUCCAGAUGUUGCGCCAUUUGGCAAUGUGGUUGCAUUGCUCCUCAAUAGUCCCCAGUUCACCCUUGUCCGCAAUUUGCCUGAGAAGUGGGUCCAACUUUUUGCCCUUGACCAGCAAGAAGAGCUGGCUGCCUUGUCUGUGCCGCCCAAGGAGGAGGAGGAAGAGGAGGAGGAGGAGGAGGAGAAGAAGUUUAAGGUGAUGUUGUCUGGUUUUUCAACAUCCCUGGGGAGCCUGGCCAGUCCCUUGAUGAAGGCUGAGAAGGGCAAGGCUAAGGCCAAGGAGACAAUGCCAGCAAAGUUGGUCAUGCUGCGCCUUGAUGAUGGUGUGGAUAAGAUGCCACCUGCAAUCAGGGUGCAUGGGAGGCUGAUGAAGGAGGAUUCCUGCAAUGUGGGGUGGAUGCCAGAAGAGACACUGGUAAAGGUGUUGCUGGCUAUGACAGAUGCUGCAGUGUUGGAGUCAUUUGCAGCUGAAAACUGUUGUAUGUUGUGCCGCAAGCAUGCCAUUGGCAAGGAUGGUAAGGCACGCCAUGAGUGCGAUAUUGCGGAGGUGGCCAAUAGGGCGGUUUGCUCAACAUGCAAGGCAGCAAAAAAGCCUUGCAGCACUCAUACAGUGCAUCUCACCAAGGGCAUGGCUCUGCCUCCAGCAUCUGUGGAGGAUCUCUUCAUCCCGGAGACUCCUGAGCCUGAGCCUGCUGAAGAAACUGCCAAAGAGCCUGCCAAGAAGAAGAAGCAGAAGCCAGUGCACAGCUAUGCCCUGGUAAAGCCCAAAAAACAUGAACAGGAGGACAACAAGGACUCGGUGGGGCCAUCAACAAAGCAGUCUUGCCUUCCGGAGGCUGAGGUCAAGCCACCAGUCACACCACUCUGUAUGGCAGAGCACAAGAUGCUCAAGCUGCAGAAGAGCCUGCACACAGCACAGAAGGCGAUGGAUAUGGUAAUGGGCUGGGUGGACCAAGUCCAGACUCUCCUGGGGAGGGCUCUGGCUGAGUAA